UAAAAAGUUAAAAUUUGUUUUACUGACCACUUGUACUCGGGGCACUUAGGCGUGGUUUGUUUGCCAUAAACAAUAAACUUCGAACGGAAACAAGACUGUUGACUCUAGUUGGAAACCGAAAGGAAUCAAGAAUUGUAACAUUUUGCGUAUAAACGAUGGCAACGAAGCAUACCUUUUUCCCCAAGCGUUUUGGAGAUCGUGCUGCUUGUAUUUUCUUGGUUGUAACGUUGAUUGUCGUGAUAGAUUUUGAAUUGAUGACAGUACUACCUUUGUAUCAUGUGCCUUUUUCAUCUGGAUGGUGCGUCCACGCGUUUUGUGGUUUGUUUGCCGCCGUCAAUGUCUUUACAAACUUGUAUUACAUGAUGGCAACAGAUACAACGAGUGGGAGUGCAAGUUUACCCUCAGUCCUAAAACCUGGGUGGGUCUACUGUCCAUUUUGCCAACACAAUUCCCCACCUCGCUCCUUUCAUUGUCAUAUUUGCGAUACCUGUAUCCUGAAAAGGGACCAUCACUGCAUCUUUGGUGGGACAUGUAUUGGUUACAAGAACUAUAGAUUUUACAUCAUGAUGGUGAUAUACUUAUGGAUUGGUGCUGUUUAUGCAAAUGUAUACCAUUUUGAAUAUGUUCAUGAGAUUGCAGGCGGAUUCAAAAUGGCAACUUUCUUCACAAUGUUCAUGCCAUUCAUAAUGCUUAUCUUCGGAUAUGCUUCUGGGUAUCAGUUUUAUGUGUUGUUCCUUGCAGGAGUUUCAAUAUUUUCAUUACUCCUGUUCACUGGCUUACUUUACCUUCAAGUGAGGCUCAUCACCAAGGGUCAAGUCACAUACGAGCGAAAACGAGGGAAACUCGAGUAUGAUUUAGGAUUGAUUGAAAACAUUAAGGAUGUUUUGGGAACACGGUGGUAUAUUGCUUGGAUAAGUCCAUUUAUUUCAUCUCCUUUGCCUUGUGAUGGUGUCAUUUUCAGACGACGGGAUGAGUUUGUUGAUGUUAAGAAAAUGUAGAUGUAAAUAUUGUGGAUGAACGAUGCAAGACAAUUAUUUAAACACAUAAUUUUUUAAAAAUUUCGACCAGUCUAAUAUUUUUAAAGUUUAGAUCUCAUAAUUAUUUAUUUCUGCUGUACUUUAAUGUCUACAUUGGUGUGAAUAUAAACCUAAGAGAGCAAUUCUUAGAAAAUCUUUAUGUAACUCUUUAUGUGCUCUGGGAUAAUCUGAAUUAAAUUAGCUGUAUAAUUAUAUUGCAUAAUAUUUGUUUUACUGGAGAGAAAAUUUCAAUCAAAUGAUUCAAAUCCUAUGAAAGUAUGAAACUUCAGAUUUUGUACUUGUGUGUCAGUUCUCUGUGAAAUUAGUCAAUGUAGGGUAAGCUAAAUUAUUAGGUCAUUCUGUAUUAAAUCAUUA